UCGAUACCAUUGGAACCAGUGAUGCAUCUGGAGAUGACAACGUAGCUGCCUGGCAAAGCGAAACCAGCUCCAGCGAUUCGUCCAGCGAAUAUUCCGACUGGACAGCCGACGCUGGGAUUAAUCUCCAGCCUCCGAAAAGACAGACGAGGCAAGCGGCUCACCAAAUCUGUAGCAGCUCCGAAGAUGAACGUGUCAAAGAGACAAAAGGACAGGAAGAAAAACGCAAGAAACUCAAACAGACGCGAAAAAAGAAACCCAGCGGACUUCUGUCAAUGGAUGCUGAACCUACAGAGGAAUGGUUUGCUCCCCACUGGAUAUUGGAUACCAUCCCACGGCGUUCUCCCUUUGUCCCGCAAAUGGGAGAUGAGAUAAUCUAUUUCAGGCAAGGGCAUGAAGCUUAUGUGCGUGCAGUCCGGAAAGCAAAAAUUUAUAGUGUUAACAUGCAAAAGCAGCCAUGGAAUAAAAUGGAACUCAGGGAACAAGAAUUUGUGAAGAUUGUGGGGAUUAAGUAUGAAGUUGGACCACCUACGCUGUGCUGCCUGAAGCUUGCCUUUCUCGACCCCGUCUCAGGCAAAAUGACAGGGGAAUCGUUUUCCAUAAAGUACCAUGACAUGCCUGACGUUAUUGACUUCCUUGUGCUGCAUCAAUUUUACAAUGAAGCCAAAGAAAGAAACUGGCAGAUUGGGGAUAGAUUUCGGAGCAUAAUAGACGACGCGUGGUGGUUUGGAACGGUAGAAAGCCAACAGCCAUUCCAAGUGGAAUACCCAGAUAGUUCCUUCCAGUGCUACAGCGUUCACUGGGACAAUAAUGAAAGAGAAAAUAUGAGCCCCUGGGACAUGGAGCCGAUUCCAGAAGGAACUGCUUAUCCAGAUGAGGUGGGGGCCGGAGUCCCAGUGACAACAGAGGAGCUGGCAUCUCUGCUAUACAAGCCCCAGGAAGGGGAAUGGGGCUCCCACUCCCGAGACGAAGAGUGCGUGCGGGUUCUCCGAGGCAUUGAUCAGCUUCUUUCUCUAGAGAUUUCUAAUCCCUUCGCGGUCCCAGUUGACCUUAGUGCCUAUCCUCUGUAUUGCACUGUGGUUGCUUAUCCAACUGACCUCACCACAAUAAGGAGGAGACUUGAAAACAGAUUUUACAGGAGAAUAUCAGCACUAAUGUGGGAGGUACGAUACAUUGAACAUAACGCGAGGACUUUCAAUGAGCCCGAAAGUCCUAUCGUCAAAGCAGCCAAAAUCGUAACGGAUGUUUUACUGCACUACAUUGGGGAUCAGAGUUGCACAGAUAUUCUGGAGAUCUACAACAAAGUGAAAGCAGAAGACUUGAGUAGCACAGAUGAAGAGGAGCAGGUGGCAGAAGCAUCUGCGGAUUCGGAUGGUCCAGGAACUUCCUCUGGAAAACGAGUGGUAAAACGGCAGAUGAAAAGGCAGCCUUCUAAAGGACAUGCUGAUGCCUGGAAAGACCAGUGCAAGCAGUUGCUAAGCCUGAUCUAUGAACGUGAAGACUCUGAGCCAUUCCGACAACCUGUUGAUCUCUUUUCUUACCCUGAUUAUCGAGAUAUCGUAGACACUCCCAUGGACUUCAGCACUGUGAAAGAAACUUUGGAAGCGGGUAACUACAUGAAUCCUCUCGAAUUCUACAAAGAUGUUCGCUUGAUAUUCUGCAAUUCCAAAGCAUAUACUCCAAAUAAGAAAUCAAGGAUCUAUAGCAUGACACUCCGACUCUCUGCCUUAUUUGAAAACCACAUCAAAACCAUAAUUUCCGAGUACAAGUCAGCUGUUCAGUGUCAGAAGAGGCGAAGGCCGCGGUUACGGUACCGAAAACGGCUCCGAAGCAGCAGCAGUGGUUCUUCCUCUAACGGCAGAGCACCAAGCCCAAAAGGAAAACAAAAACAACUGAAGAUUCAGCCUAAAACAAACUUGAAUACCUCACUGCCUUUAACUAGGACUAAUUCUUCAGUUUCAUCUCAUGUUUCAGAUAUAGAGGAACCCCCUGAUUCAGCUGCUGCUGAAGAGAUGGAAAGCCACCCAUCCUCAUCUGGCUCGAACAACCAGAAUCGUAGCGGAAAUGAUGUCGAAGCAGGAAAAAAUAAGCCAGUCAGAAAUAAAUCCACACCAGUUAAACAAGAUAAGCCUUCCGAAAAGCCUCUGACGAAUGGGGAUGGGAAGGAAUCCCGGGCGGGAAUCAAGAGGAAGAUUUCAAGUGCAUCAGAAGAGGAGGAAGAGGGCGGCCAAGAGACAAGAGAACAAAAAGAAAAACCGGGUUUAUCCUCCGAAAGCGGAGAAUCCCGCUCGGGCUCCAGUUCUGAAAGCAGAUGUGGCUCUGAUUCGGAUUCUGAGUCCAGCUCUAGAACAGAUCAAGACUACAUUGACGGGGACCACGACUACAGCAAAUCAGUGCAAGUGAAACCGAAGAGAAAAAUCCGAAGAAGCAUCUCUGGCGGGCGGAGGAAUUGGCCAGGCAGAGGGACCGGAAGGAGAGGGCGAUGGGGCCGGUGGGGCCGGUGGAGCAGAGGGGGACGAGGCAGCCGGGGAGGGAGAGGAGGCAGCCAGGGACGAAGAGGAGGCAGGGGAGGAAGACAAGGCCGAGGGAGAGGGGCCUCCCGAGCCAAGCGCUCCCGCGUGGCGGAGGACGAGUUCGAGAACCUUUUCGGCGGGCGCUUCAAUGAGAACGCCUUCGGCGGGCGGUUCGGCCGGCCCCCUCGGAUUAAAACCAGGAACGAAGGCCGGCGGACCGUUUUAUAUAACGAUGAUUCUGACAAUGACACUUUCGUGCACACUGAGGAUCCCCUGAAUCUUGGUACUUCCAGGUCUGGCAGGGUACGGAAAAUGACCGAGAAGGCCAGGGUCAGCCAUCUCAUGGGAUGGAAUUAUUGACAAGUUGGGUUGUGGGGGGAGGACAGAACUGAACAGUGAUGUUAGGACUUCAGAGGCUUUUACUGCAGGGAUUUCAUGCCAGAAAAUCUGCUAAGCAAAUUGUGGGGGAGGAACUCUGCUCAUUUCCCCCCUGCCCCCCCAUGCCCCCGUGGUGCUUUUUCAUAUAGUUUUCAUGUGUUUGAAGACUUUUGACCGCUGGCCGACUACGGCCAGCAGCAGUCUUCUUUGCACGUUCUAUUACCUGCAGAAAUGCUUCAUCACACUAAACCUUGAGUUGGUCACAGGACUUGUGGCAGAUGAGUUGUGCUUAUGAAGUCUCCUUGUUGCUUUUUGUGUGUGUGUGUGCAUUACCGAAACAGCACCUUCUUACCAAGUUUUUAAAACAUUAUCUGCCAUUAAUUCCUUACUUAUCAUAAUAACGUUUGCACAAUACACAGAUCCUAAAGGCAGCUAUAAAAUGUUUACAGUUUCUCUGUUGUGUGCAGCAUCCAGAUUACUUUAAUCUUCCCCCCAGGCCAAAUUUUCAUGAAUUUGUGAUAUACUGAAAUAUGCUCCCAUAUGGGUGUCCUGAUAUGCUUUUUUUCCCAUUGGUUUUUAAUUUAUGUUUUCAAGGGGAGGGGGGUGGGUUGGUGCCUUGUAAAUAAUGUAGCAGAUCGAAGAUGUGAGAUGUCUAACACCUACAUUAAUGUUAUUAUAAACAAAAUACUUGAGAACUAGGGUUAUCUAAGAUACACCAGGUGCCAAAUGCAAAAGUUCCCUUGCAUCUCUUUUUUUCUGCUGCCCUCAUAUAUUGCUAGCAUCCAUUGAGAUUGUCUCAAGAUGUUAACAUCAAUAUGGAAAUGGUUGCCUCUUCCCGGAUGUCUUCUUUAGUAGCUUAGCUACCUCCAGACUUCAGAGCUUAGUUUGUUUUCUUCAAUAAUGAUAUUGCAAUAGAUAAUGUGUUAGGAACAUAAUCACUUGGUAAACUACAAAAUAAUUUCAUUGGUCUCCAGUCUGACAAUCAGUCAUAAGAUGCUUCUCACAGACUUGCUGGUUCAGGUUGUCAAGCCUGUGCAUUCAUCUCCCUAUGCAGUCAUGGCAUGAUUAUAAUGUUUUUAUUUGAUCCUUUAAAUGUUAACACCUCCUUUUUUAUAUGCAUUAAGCUAUCUUUGCUGGCUAACUUAAUAUGUACAAGCUCUUGCAUCUUUGUUUUUCCUUUUGUGUGUUAAGUCAUGAAAGCAUAUCAUGCUUCCAGAAAAGAAUUUAGGCAUCCUCACCCAGAGAUUUACAACGUGGAGCCUCCUCUUUUCAGAAUUUCCCCAUUUCUCCAUCAUCAAUGGAGGUGCUGAUAGAAUUGCUGUUUCUUCUUCCUUGUGCAUGGUAUAAGAUUUUUUUUUCCCCAUUGACAUAAAGAGAGAGGUUCACAAAUAAUGGAACAUCUGAAUAUGAAUUUUGGCUCCGUGGGGAUUUUUGGAGUGAAAAUAAUAGCAUACUAUUUGAUUCUAGAAAAAUGUCUUGCAGAGGACUCUUGUAUUUGCAUUUAAAAUAUAUCAAUAUAUGCCACCCAAUAAGAGGAAAGUUUUAUUUCCGUUACAGCUGUAGCAUGUUAAAUAUUCCUAAAAUAUUUGUUUUUGUUUUUGUUUUGAGAUGGACAAGUUGCAUAUAUGGAAUUCCCAAUAGCAAUCAUUGUAUAGGAGGAGGAAGAGGGUUCUUCUAGUUUUGUGGGCAGGUUUUUUGGGGGGGGGGGUAUUGGCCAGGCACCCCUUAAUCAUUAGUGUGGAUUGAUCUUCACAAAAUAAUGGUAGGAUCUACAGUAAGUAAUGAAAAGUCUGCAUACACCUGCAGCAUAGAUCUUCCAUAACGCAAUACAUACUUCAAUACUUGGGUUGUGUGUGAUUCAAAAACGAGAAAGUGCUUUGGACCUCAUGUGAGCAUAGCACCGCUUUACUUACUAUUCCUGAUACCACCCUGAAGAAAGAUGCUUGGGUUUUUAGAGUUGCUUUAAUGAAUUGACUCCUUAAAACAUCAUGGAAGCUUGAAAAAUGUCUGUGACUGCUUUAACUACUAGUAGGUGUUGUGUUCAUGUGAGGGCUGAAGCAUUUAUUUUAAAUAACACUGAAGCAUGGACAGACCUCAUGCAUACACAAAUGCAUGCUAUAUUUUAGAUGAGAUGGAAGGCAUCUACCAAAUUGCUAAAGUGGCUUAGGUGAAUAAUAAAACAACCAGCUUAGAUCUGAUUUUAAUUGAACAGCCACUUUGAGCACACAGCUGCAGUUCCAUCGGAAUGUGUUUGGAAGUCUUUGAUCUUCUGCUAAUGUGGAUCUGCUCCAUUUAUUAAAAUUGAAGGGGAUGUUCUUUAUCCCAAGAACAUAUUUCCACGUGAGAGCCAUCAGCUGACCCUUAACUCAGGAUGUGUUAGCAUAGCAUUUCUUAGUAGAUGGCAGAUGUGUAUAUCUAAAAGAAGUCUCCUUUUUCUUUCCCACCACUAGGAGAGUAUGGCUAUAUCAAGGGAACGUAAUCCCGUACAGCUUUCUUAUAAUUGCCACAGGACAAAUAAAAGUUAUUCCAAAUAACUAAAGUUGUGUCUAACAGUAGAUAUUUCAUGUUCAUUGUUCAAAUUCUUACCGAAUGUAUAACUGUACUGGUAUUCAGCAUGCAAAAUUCUUCCGUGAUACGAGAAACUGGUUUAAUUCCUCCAUAAAACAUAGGUGUAUAUUUAGGCAACUUGGCCUCUUCGUUAAGGUGUAGUUCCUUGAUGGUUGUAGAUGACAGUAAAGGGAAAUACUUUAUUGGGAACUAAGUAUUAAUUGGAACUGUGUUAAUUAGGACUAUGCAGUGCUUUGGAAAUAAUUUGGAAAAGGUACUUCAGAGCUUCUAGAGACAUGAACAUUGCACUGGUUGACAACUCUUUAAAGCAGCCACAUCUUUUCCUUGGAUGACACAAAGAUCUUCUGCAGCUUCCCUUUGACCCCAAAGACAUGGCUGCUCUAAAGAGUUGUUGACAGGUUCUUCGUUCUCACUUCUAAGCCCAUUUUUGGAAUUGAAUCCAGAGAAUUUCCCAGCUGGAGCCUCCAUGACUGAGAAAGGGCUUGGCAGUAAGCAUGUGGAAAGAAAGUCCUCCCCCCGCCCCUAUUUUAAAGGCUCUUGGACUGAAGAAGGCGCAUCUGAAGAGAGCUCUCUCCUUUCUCAAAUGGAAACGGGGUUCUGUUGGAGAUACAAGAACGUGAUGGAGAAAUAAAUGGACAAUAUGGCAUGUUGUAUUUGGCCAAGGACUGGCUAUUCCAAUGUGGCCACUGGAUGAAUUCUAGCUGGAGGUUAGUCUGCACACACAGCAGAAUUAAGGGGCAAAGAGGACUAUUUUAAUUUACUCCUUUGGCUUUAAGGCAGCAUGUCUGCCAAUAACCAAGUCGGGAAGAAGGGUAGUUAUGACUAUUUUAACGGAGUUUUCCGUGAUUUUUUUCUCUCACCUGCAGUCUGAAAUGAUACUACUACUUCUGGCUACCCAGGGGAAAUCCAAAGAAAUCCAAAGUCAGAAUGAUGGUGGGGUGGAGUCAAACAAGGUAUUCCAAACAACUAUUAAUCGGCAAUUUUAGCCUUUGCUUGGAUUUUGCCUCAGUAUCAUCUCUGUAGCAGUCUUCUAAGAUCUUUGACAAUUCAAUCAUUUCAGUUAAAGUUUUGUAUGCUGUGAUUGAUAUUCCCCAAUUUUUGUAUUACUCCCCAAUAGAUCACUGCCAGCUUUGUUCCAUUCUCUGCUGCUUUUGACCGACCCCUCCUCAAGCCAUGUAUCCUUGUGCUUUGAAUUAAGUUGUGAGGCUUCUAGUAGCUUUAAUAUGUUCAAUAGGUACUAAUAAUUCAGUAAACGUGAUGCCGAAUUAUGUUCAACAACAACAAAAAAGUCUAAAGGGAAAGUUGGCUUUGGGAAUUCUGCCGGAUUGUGUUAUGUAGCCAGUAAAUAUUUGGGCAAAGAAGAUUUAAGCAAAGGAGAGCUGUGGCUUCAUUCUAUUUGUUACAAGGGAACCACAAUUCCGUUUUUAUACGAAUUGCCUGUUGUGCUGAGAGUAUUUUACUUGGUGCAUGGUCAUUUUCUAACGUUUUGAGGCCCUGAACUGCAACUUGGCAUGUGCAUUUUGGAAGUUACCUUCUUUGAAGAAGAACAGUGAUGUAGUGUCUUGAACAAAAACCAGCAUGUGGGAAUCCCCAUAAUUAAAGAGAUUUGAUUACUACCUAUCUGCUUUAAAGCAAGAGAUAGUUUUGACUUUUUAUAUACGUGCUUUCUGUGGUACAUGAAAUCUUGAGCUACUCUCAAGAGCAAUAACAGAUCUUCCUCUCUGAUGCGUGUAAUGCUUUCUUGGACUUGUAAAGUUGGGGGAGCAUCUUAGACGUGGGUGAUCAAAUCUGUUAGAGUCUUAAGUAGUUUCUUCUCUCUGGUUCUUCUCUUUCGUCAAGAAGUAAGGGGCCUGUGGGUUUGUGUGUGUGUGUGUGUGUGUGCGUGCGCGCGCUAACUAACAAUAAGGGUGGGCCACAUCGCAAAUUCACUGGCUGCACCUUCUAGUUAAGCAUUCUCUUCACAAAAGCCAGAAUUCCUAUGGAAAAAUAAAUGAAUGUUUGGCAACCACACUGUGAGAGCUAAGGGUGGAGACAUUAGUCUUAUGAAGUGGUUAUUGAUUUUUUGAUGCCAUUUGAGCCUUCUUGCCCAAGCAAAAUAAAGAUGUUCCUUCUCAUGCCUAUGUAGUGCUAAAUCCUUCAAUAGCAACCAACUAACGUGCUCUAGUCAUUUUAUAAAGGGAGGAACAUGGUUACCUGUAAAAUCCUGGCUCUGCUGUUAGAAACUAGUUCCAAGACAUUUCUUAACAAUAAUCCAGAUCAUGCAAAACUAGUGGGGACUUAAUUUUUGUGUCUGUGUCUUGAUUCCUAUUUUGGGGGGGGAAGAUGGGAAAUUCGUAAAAAUAGAGGUUAACUUGAAUAAUUUAUCUUAGUGCAGCUGAGAGCAUAUUGGAACAAAAGAAUGAAUUAGUUUUAGGCUAAGUGCAUCAGCAACUUAUAGAGAACUGCUUUUGCGUGAGUGUAUAUUAUAAUGUUAAAUGCUUUUUAAAGAUCUGUGCGUUGGUUUCAUAAGUUACGCUCUAAAAUGUCAUGAGAAUGUUUCCAUUUGAUAAAAAAAAAAUAGUGUUAAUAUUUAUAGAUAAAAGGCUCCGUUUGACACCCCAUGGUGGUAAAAUAGUUGAAGGUUCCUAAAGAGUACUCAUGUUAUUUUUAAAGUAUGUAUUAUAAAUGACUGUGCAUUUACAAGAGAUCUUUUUUUUUUCCAACUCUGGCUAGAUGGGAUGUUUACAUUAUUUUUUAAAAAAUGGUAAUAUAUCAAUCUGCAUUUUUGUAAGCGAUUAUACUUCUUGAGAACCUUGAAACACAAAGAACGGUUGAAAAUACAUGCACACCCACAUGCACACGCAUGCAUACAUAUAUGGCUUUGUACACUGGAUGCCGGGCCUGCAGCAAAGCCAUCCAUGUAUUAUGGAUCACUGAGAAAUAUUACUGCAAUGCAUAUAGGUCAGUUCUCUUGCCAGCCCUUUUGAAAAUGAACCAGAAGCACUCUCUUGAUCUUAAAGCAACAUGCCCAAGGGGACAAGUUCUUGUGCUCUCUUAUUCAGUAGAAUUGCUUAUCAGCCUUAACCUCUUCACAGUGUAGAAUAUGGUGCUUUAAAAUAUGUGCAUAUGCAUGGAUCUGUGUCCUUUGUUACUCAAGUUGAGCAUUUAAAACAAAGAAACUGGAAACUCUAAUAAUCCUGCACACCGGCUAUAAGUUUGUUGGAAAAAAAAAUGUCUAUCCAAGUAUUCCAACUCAACAGUAUAGCAUGAAUAGUGGGUCUCAAUCUUCAUCGAAUAAUAGCCCCCACUUUCUUGAUUUCCCCUCCCCAGUUAUGAAGGAAGCAUGUCAAAAUAGGAUUAAGAGUGCUUGGAAUGCAACCAAAUGAUGGUUGUCAGUAUUGAGGCGUGAUGGUACUGAAUUUUAAUGAAGUGGUAUUAAGCCUGUUUCCGUACUUCGGUCUACUUUGUUUUAAUCUCAUGCCGAUGGCCCUCCCCAGCUUUUUUUAAUUAAAGCGUCAUGGAAGCUUUGCUUAGAAAUACCAGUAACUACCGUUGGAGUUUGAGCUGUAUGGAAAAUGGUGCCAUCUCAAGGAUCUCCUGCAUGUAUAUUGUGUUCUUGACCUUGUGAAAUAGUUUUGCCAGUCCCCACCCCUCCAAAAAUAGAAGGUGCACAUGCAGUGAUUUAUGCUGAUGCUCUUUUGCGUUUGUCUUGAUUUCAGGGGAUGUUCCCUAAAUUCAUACCUUUACAUCCACUAUCUCAGGUCCCUUUAAAAUUAUAAAUGCUUCAGGGAUUUUUAAUGCCACUUGAGAAUGGCAGACCAAAUGUAAUAUUUAUAUGCAAUGAACUAUUACGUUUUUUUGUAUUGUAAAAAAUGUAAAUUUGUAAAGAUU